AUGAUCAUUCAAUCCGUAUUUUCGGCAGAAGUGGACAGAUUCACCGUAAAGCGCACGUAUGAUUUGCCGAUUUUGAGGGAUUUCUCGUCGAAGGGUCGCAUCGAUCGUGUUUCUGAAUUCUCGGUGAUUCCGUCAGCUUUCCCGACCGAGCAUUUCUUUCCGAAAGACAUCGUCUUUGCAACGGGAAAUGGAUUGACGAUUUUGGAGGAUAAAUUAAAAUGUGCCGAAAAAGUGCCGCAUUCUGUCUACAGAUUGAGUCGUGUGAAACGCGGGAAUGCCCCGAAAAGAGCGCUUAUUCUGUCGAUUUCCGAGAAAACGAACACUUUGGUGUAUGAAAUGCUUGCUGAAUGGUGUCAAGAGGGGAAUUCUCGCGAAAAGGCGACAAUCUUAGAGAACUUCUCCAUUUAUUUUCUUCCUUCACUCCCAAAACCGAUUUCUUUAUGUUAUGAUUAUCGAGGAACUGAGGGAUUUCAAGAAGUCAUUGAAAAGAUCGUUGAGGAAAUUGGGGAAUUCGAUUUGGUGUUGAUCUUUUCAACGGGAGGAAUAAAGAUCCGCUACAUAUCAGCAGCAUCGGAAAAUGCGUCGAAAGACAUCGAGAAACUCGCGAAAAUCUACAUGAAUCACCAUGGGGAGAUGGGAAAUGAAACGGGAAUCGAAAUGUGCACAAAUCCAAAACAUGCUUUCUCACCAGAAGUACUCAAAGAGUUCAAAUGGAAAGAAAAUGAGAAUCUACAUUUAUCUUCGUCACUUCUUAUUCAAAUCUCUUGUUGUUAUGAGGAUGGCUUUGGAGGGAAAGGAUAUCAAGAAAAUCGAGAAGCGAUUCAAGCUGUUUUAAGGGAAAUGUCAAAAUCCCUUCAAUUGACAUCGGUUGGUGUAUUGGAGCUGAAUUUCCGAUUGCCUUUUCUCAUCUUUGCCAUCAUUUUACUAUUCAUUGCGCUUUGUUUCUGUCGUUUUUCUCUCUCAUCGGAUCGUCGGGAUUUUCGAUAUACGAAAAAUCGUUUUCUUUUG